GGUUCGGGGCGGUAGUAGGGGCGGGCGGGCUCGGAGCCGGGCCGUGCCGAGUCGAGCGGCGAGCCGGCGUCGACUGUCGACUGAGUGGAGACUGAGACCCAGAGCCGCGCGGCGCCGUCAGUGUUGGUUUGGACGCGGUCGGAGCCACGCCGCCGCCGCCGUGCCGCCCGCGCCAGUGAAAGGCGAGCCAGCGCGCGUUGUUCGUGCGUACGUGUGUGAGUGUGUGUGUGUGCGCGCGUGUAAGCGUGUGUGUGCGAGCGGGCGGGUCGAGACGAGCACGCCGACGACGCCGUGCCCGUGCGACCAGGACGCCGCCCACCACCAGCCGCUGCUGCUGCCGCCGCCGCCGCCACUGGCGUCAUGGUGCUGCUCCUCCCGAAGAGCGUGAUCUCGGUGGUCUAAAGUGCAGUGCAAGUGCGUGUGUGUGUGUGUGUAGUGUGCGUGUCACAAGUGCAUGGGAUUAACGCGACGCGGCUCCGGACGACGACAACGACGACGACGCCAUGCCGUCCAAGAAGCAGUACAACUUGGUGCCGAACGACGAGGGCGACACGAGGAUCCCGCUGCACUCGGACGAGGCCUUCCACCAUGGCAUCACGUUCCAAGCAAAGUACAUUGGCAGCAUGGACGUUCCUAGGCCGUCAAGUAGAGUGGAGAUCGUCGCCGCCAUGAGAAGAAUCCGAUACGAAUUCAAAGCGAAAGGAGUGAAGAAGAAAAAGGUGCUUCUUGAGGUCUCUGUGGACGGCGUUCGAGUGUCGUUACGAAAAAAGAAAAAGAAAAAGCAGUGGAUGGAUGACAGUGGACUGCUCCUGAUGCACCACCCCGUCUACAGAAUAUUCUACGUGUCGCACGACUCGCAAGACCUCAAGAUCUUCAGCUACAUCGCGCGGGACGGCGCGAGCAACGUCUUCCGCUGCAACGUCUUCAAGUCCAACAAAAAGAACCAGGCGAUGCGGGUGGUGCGGACGGUGGGGCAGGCCUUCGAAGUGUGUCACAAGCUGUCGAUCGGGCCGGGCAGCCCCGCCCGGGACGACCACAGCGAGCGGGACUCGGAGGGCGCCUCGGACAAGACGACAAGGAAAGGCGCGCUGUCUACUCAGCUCAGCGUAGAUGGUCUAGAGGACUCGGUGCAGGACUCGGGCUCGUACGACGACUCACCCCGGUCGCCACCCCCGAGAGGGCUGAGGCUGGAUCUACAGCGGCCGCGGUCACCACAGGUGAACCGCAAGGACAUGAACGGUUUGCCGCUGCCCGACGAGGUGGACCGGGACGGCGACAGGGAUAGAGGGGAGCGGGAUCGGGACCGGGAGCCGUCGGCGGGCAGCCUGGGCGGCGGCUCGCUGCUGCACCACGAGGUCCAGCUGCUGCGGGAGCAGCUGGAGCAGCAGGUGCAGCAAACGCAGGCCGCCAUGGCGCAGGUCAACCUGUUGCGGGAUCAGCUGGCAGCCGAGAAGGCCGCCAGAAUGGAGGCCCAGGCACGGACCCACCAGCUGCUUGGGCACAACCGAGAGCUGCUCGACCACAUCACCGCGCUGGUGGCGCACCUGCAAGAGCAGGAGGGCGGGGCGGGCGGCAGCCAGCCGCUGCAGCUAGCACCACAGUGCGACCAGCUGGGUCCGGCGCUCUACCCGCCCGACUUCCAGGACGCCGCCCAGGCUGCGCAGGCCGCGUACGCCGCCAACAUGGCGCUGUUCAACAUGGGUGUGCCCGGGUCGCCGGUGCAGACGCUGCGGGGCGCGGGCUGCCCGGGCGGCACCCUGUUCGGCUUCCCCUACCAGACGGCCGACCAGCAGUUCCAGGCGCAGCUGCUGCAGCGCCUGCAGUCGCUGAGCGGCUACGCGCCCGCGGCUGCCACGGCCCGGUCGCCGACGCCGUUCGGCUACCCGCAGUCGCCCACCCUGGGCUACCGCAUGUCGCAGCCGUCGCCGUUCGGCAGCUCGCCGGCCAUGGCGGCGCCGCCGUCGCUCCAGUCGCGCGCCCACAGCACGCCCGCCGGCCCUGCGACGCCGUCGCCGUCCGCGCACAGCGCCGGCUCUGGGUCCGCGACCGCCGGCGCCGGCGGCUCCGCCUCGACGCCGCAGGACGAGGAGUCGUCCUUCUUCAUCCGGCCGCUGUCGCAAGUGGGCACGCUCACCACCACGGACAACGACGGCCGCACCCGGGUCAUCGUGCCCGUCCCCAUGGACGACGACAACCGGCUGAGCGCGCCGCCGGCCGGCCGGGACCCGCCGUCGCCCGGCGGCAGGUCGCCGAGGCACGGCGGCGCGGCCCCGGCCUCGGCCUCCGGGGGCAGCGGCGGCAACACGAAGAGGCAGCAGCAGCAGCUGGCGGCCGCCAUGGCCACGCUCGACGCGCCGCACGGCCCCCAGGGCGGCUCUCAGGGCGCCCCCCAGGGCGGGGUGGGCGGUGGCAUGCGGAGGCUGGCCCCCGGCGGCCCGCCCUUCAUCACCAGGUCGACGAGCGAGAAGGUGCCCAACCGAAGCGAGCUCAUGACGCAGGUGACGCGGGCCGCCUGGGCGCGCCACACCACGAAGUAGGCGGGCAGGGGGGAGGUGGGGAGCCUGGCGAGCAGGGCGCCUAGUGAGUGAAGAAAAGUACGCAAUCAUAGACAAAGUGCGUACCGACUGCGCUGAAGUGGCGAUGGAGAAGGAGGAGAGGGCAUUUUAUUUCCAUAAAUGUUUUCCGUUUUUCGUAGGGUGCUUUGUUAUUCCCAUAUAUAUCUUACACAUACUCUUCCCCGUUGUUGCGUUUAGAUGCAGAGUCUUCUAGACCGAUUAAUUUUCAGAUAGUUGUAGGAUGAAAGUCUUUUGGCGUUCAGUUUAUGAUGAGCGGUUUAUAGUAGUUCGUGCUUUCAUAUGUCUCCCUGUGAUGCAACUCUAUUUUAACACCUACUACGUAUGUAGGUACUCCGACGUAGCUCAUUCAUUAUGGGUAUGAAUCCUCGAGCACUAUUGUUUGCCAUUUUAUUUCAGAGAGAACUUUGUUCCCCCUGUUUUAACACCCAUGCCCCUUGCCCCCUUGUGAAUGUGAGAAUCUAAGUGCUCCAGAUGAUCUCAUACAGACAUCAUAGUUUUAUUUUAAAUUAAUGUUCCUUUCGCUGUUAUUUUAUUUGUUUAUUUAUUUUGUACACCAAGCUGCUUUUAUGAAAGUUUUCUGCACAUAUCACUUACUAUCAAAUACCUAUUCUACUCUAAAAUUGUUUUGCAUUGCUGUUGAUUUAAUAAAGCCUUGCAAAGAGUCUUAUGUAAAAUGCAGUUUUAUGUGAGGAACCGUUUCUAGUCUGCGCGGCUAUGUGUGUAUAUCCGCACCUUGUAAUGAUAAUCAGAAUGUCUUGUACAUACCUUAAUUUUGUAAUUUAUUUCGAUUUGUACAUAUAUUUUUUGUAAGAAGAUGCAGUGUGACCUAUUCUGCAUCAUGAAACUUCCAUUCGACAUUUUGUUUCGGCCAAAUGUGCGUCUUAUGGAGUGUUGCCCAGUGAUGUUAUAUUGUGUGUUGUGGAGGAAUAGUCUCCUUAAAUGUUCAUAUGACUGAUACGUGAGAGAGAACAAGAUGUAAAAUAAACCACAGAUUCAUUGUUAA